CCGAGACUUGGCACUUCGCCAGUGCGCAGCAUUGUGCAAUGCUUAGCUAGGAAAGAUGGCAGUGACGAGUUUUACACAAUAAAGAUAUUGUCGCUACCGUUGCGACCAGAAGAUGGAGAGGAAACUCAGGAUGACCGGCAGGGAAAGAUGUUACUACACACCGAAUAUUCCCUGCUGUCUCUUCUGCACAAUCAAGAUGGGGUUGUACAUCAUCAUGGCUUAUACAAGGAUGAAGCGUAUGAGGAGGAGGAAGGUGAGGGUAGCAGCACUGUGAUGGACGUUGUCCCUCGGCGUGUGCGCAUGCACAAGCGUCUGUGCCUCGUGCUUGACUGCCUUUGCGCACACGACUUCGAUGCGAAGACGGCUAACCUAGUCAAUCUCCAACACUAUGUCAUCAAAGAGAAGAAGCUUAGUGAGAAGGAAGCACUGGUAGUCUUCUGUGAUGUAGUUCGUGUCGUACAUAAUCUCCACCGGAAGAACAUCGUCCACCGUGACCUGAAGCUCGGUAACAUGGUGCUGAACAAGAGCAGCCGACGCGUGACCAUCACCAACUUCUGCCUCGGCAAGCACCUUGUGUCAGAGAGUGACCUGCUGAAGGACCAGCGCGGCAGCCCGGCGUACAUCAGCCCAGACGUGCUGAGCGGUAAACCGUACCUGGGCAAGCCGAGCGACAUGUGGGCGCUGGGCGUCGUGCUGUUCACCAUGCUGUACGGACAGUUUCCGUUUUACGACAGCAUGCCGCAGGAGCUGUUCCGCAAGAUCAAGGCGGCCGAAUUCCUCCUUCCAAGCGAUGGCCGGGUGUCGGAGAACACGACGUUACUCAUUAAGAAGCUGCUUGUGCUCGACCCGAUGGCAAGACUGACCGCGUCGCAGGUGCUCGACUGUCUCAGGACGACGAUCAGCCUCUGGCAUUCACUAAGUAGAGCUGGCCCCCUACAGGUGGUGCCAGACAUCGAUGAUCAGGAGCAAGCAGCUAGCAGUGCACAGGAAGAGAAACCAGCCGAGAGCCAACUCAGUGCUUUGGAACAGACGCUGCAGAACUCGCAAGGACUGGUGCUGCCCCCUCCCCGCAAACUGUCAUCCGUCAGCGUGCGACGGCGACCUCACACGUUGAUUCGGCGCGUCACGCAGGAUGCGCGACCUCUGACCUCGCAGGAAAUGGUCGUACAUCGGCACCUCUUGCCACCGUAGUGGCUAGCUCUCAUUGGGGUUGACGAUCGUCUACCAUGGCGAGAAACAGCAGCGAUCGAAUUAUCCAGCUGUUGCAAUACACAUUUUGAAUUAUCGAGUGCUAGCACUCCCAUGUAAAUCAAAGGUGUAGAACAGAUUAUCAGUUGAUCUGCAUGAUAAUGUCUGUCUACAUGUCUAAUACUUGCAUGCUGAUAUUUUUGUGCUGUUAUAGCAUCUUCUCAUAUAUUUUAUUUACUCGGAUAUAUUUUGCAUAACUCAGAUAUUUUGAUGGAGAACUCGAAAGAUCACAUAAGCAGAUUAGAUUCAUGUUUCGGUGUUUUGUUACAUAACAUGAUGGCACUGCAAAGAGAUGUACAACAUUAGUACUGAUUAUGAUAGAUACAUUCCCAAGUACCGAUCAUGAUACGUUAUAGUGGAGGUGUCUUCAUCACUUGGUAAUGAUGUAAUGAUGUGCAUGAUGUUGGAUUCUUUGAAUACAUAUUUUUUUAUUUAAAUGAA